AUGUCUGAAGUCAAAAGAACAAUUAGAAUAACUACCGAACAACAUAUUUUAAAGGAUGUUCCUCCUGUUGAAAACUUUCCGAUGAGAAGUUGGUCCAUUGAAAUUUCAAUGUUAGAUCAAAAUGGUCAAGAAAUUGCUGCUAAUAUUUUAGAUAGAGUAACAUAUAGUUUACAUCCUACUUUUCCAAAUCCAAUAAGAACCAUAAAACAAGCUCCAUUUAGAGUUGAAGAACAAGGUUGGGGUGAAUUUGAUAUACCUAUUUCUAUUCAUAUAUCUGGUUUACCAGGAAAAGCUGGUGAAAGAAAAUUCCAACAUGAUUUAAAUUUCUUACAAGAGAAAUAUGUAAAUGAUCAUGUUAUUACAAUUCCUGUUUCCCCAACUAAAAACCCAGGUUUAAAUAAGCUUUUAUUAGAAAGUGGUCCAUUACCAUUUGAUGAUAGUAAUAGUUCAAACAAAAGGAAAUUAGAAUCUGGAAAUGGAUCUUCUACUGAUUUAACUAAUAAACUGAAAAAAUCAAAGAGUUCAGGUGGUGCUCCAGUAAAAGGUAGUAUUGAUCUUGAAAAAUUAGCAAAUGGUUUAACUAAAUUAAGCGAAGAUGAUUUAAUUGUUAUUGUUCAAAUGGUUACCGAUAACAAGACAAGUGAAAUGAAUAUUAAAAAUGAUGCUGAUAAUGGUGAAUUUACCAUGGAUUUAUAUACUUUACCAGAAUCUUUAUUAAAGAGUUUAUGGGAAUAUGUAAAGAAACAUACUGGUGAAGCUUAA